AUGGCUACCACCAACAACGCAAUGCAAAGCACCUUCCAAACUCCCGAGCUCCUCGAGCAAAUCCUCCUCCAAGUCGACGAUCUGCGCACUCUCCUCCCCAGCCAACGAGUCUCCCAGCAAUUCCUCCAAACGAUUCAAGGAUCGAAGCGUCUCCAGGAAGAACUCUUCUUCCGCGUGAAAUGGCCAGCACCACAGACAGCAGACGACUCCGAGAUCGAGGUCAACCCGAUUAACCCGCUCCUCCUCUCACAAAAGCAUCGCAUCGGAAUCCACAGCGUCGACAUCGAAGUCCAACACUACCGCAAGAAUAAGCUCAACUUCUUCGGCUUCCUGGACAUCCACCUCAUCUUCGACCCAAUCGAUCACAUGAAGGAACUGGAGGAGAGCGACUGGGAAGGCAGCUGGCGCAAGAUGCUGAUCGUCCAGCCGCGUAGCAUCAAGUAUGACCGAUGGCAGUUGAGUCAUCAGUUCGCUGCGGGGAGUCGGUGGACGACGUCGGCGGGUAGGGGUAGGUGGCAUGAUGCUUAUACGAUGGAUGGACUGGUGAGGGAGUUGUUGGAGAGGGUGGAGGAGUUGAAGGCUUGGCCGUGGGGUGAUUGUGAUACGAAUGUUCGGCCUGCUGAUGCUGAUACUUGGGAACAUUUGUGA